UUUUAAAAGUACAUCCUGUAGAUAUGCGAAAAUUCUUUCAAGUUGGGGAAGUAGUUAGUGUUAAAUUAGACGACCAAAAAUUUGUUCAAGCAACUGUAGAAAAUGGAAUAGAUGAACAUGAAAAGUACAGAUUGUCUAUGAAGAUUGAUGAAUUGAAUUAUAUGUUUAUAGAAAGUUAUCCUGUUGAUAUUGAACAUAUUUUUUAUGACACACACACAAACUAG